AUGUACCAGAGCUUGGAUAUGUAUGGACGCCGCCGGUUGACGACCGUUUCCUGGGACAUGACGCAGGAGGAUUUGCACUGCUGCGGGGUGGAGGACUAUCGUGACUGGAGCGAGCGGAUCCCGGAUUCGUGCUGUAUGGAUGAUUACGGUGCCCGGAAGCGACCCUGCCAGCAGCUGCAGACCUCGCUCACGAUCUACCGGAUGGGUUGCUAUGAAGCGAUCACGCAGGCGUUGGUGCGGAACUGUUUGCUGCUCGGCGGAGCAUCGAUAUUGCUGCUGUUGGUAAUGGUUCCGGCGAUCAUUAUGGCUUACUGUAUGUUGACAAUCAUUUAA